AUGGACCCGACAUCCACUCCGCGACAUCCAGAUCGCUUCCGAAUGGGAGCUACAGACCCAAUCCCUUCAUCCUCCCCGGCAUUUGGAACACCUGCACGUCCGUUUCGGUUGCCAAAAGCCCAUGCGCCUCCCACCAAGACUUCCAUCCUUCCCAUCCUGCUUCCUCCUGCCACUCUUCGACCAGUGGCAUUCCGCACAUUUACACGCAAGCAUAAUCUCACAAUCUCAUCACCAGCACUGCAGACACUCGCAGUCUUCGUGGGUAAAAAUUGCGGUUCAGGAUGGCGCGAAGAAGGAUUGGCGGAGAAGGUCCUGGACGAGGUGGCCAAGAUCUGGAAAAGAGCCGGGGGCGGAGUCAUUGUGGAAGAAGGCAAGGGUGCAUCAUUGAAAGCCAUCCUGCAGACGCUCGAGGGCAGUAUGAGCGGGGGACGAGUGGUCGCAGGCAAAGGCAACUCCCAGGACGGGCCUGGGAAGACAUCAAGCUUCGGCGUGGAUGUCGGUCGGAUGGACAGCAAUAAUGACCACUCGCAAGGGUCAUUCACCACGAGAGCAGGGGAUGUGGAAGAGGACGAGUCUAGAGUCUCGUUUCAUCCGCGGCACUGGCUCAAGGUGAUCGACGCGUUCGAUCUUCCUCGCUUGACCUACAAUGUCGACAAAAAAUACUUCGAAGCUUUCAAGUCGAAACCCACUUUGUUUCCUCCUCCAUCGCACAAAACUGCGCUGUUCCGAGACCGCUAUAAUUUGGUCUACCAACGGCUCCUUCGGAAUGAGUCUUUCCAAAGCUCUUUGGGAGUCACCGGCAUGCCACCCCUUCAGCGAUCAUCGUCGAAUCUUGGAACGCAGCAAUCGUACAAGUUGACACCAAUUGCGAACUUACUAGGCCGAAGUGGCACAUCUCAUCUUCUUCUCGGCCUCCUUUCUAUUUCUCCCACAGGAGAUCUCUCAUUGGUAGAUUUGACCGGAACCGUGGUUUUGGAUCUCAGCCAUGCGCGGAUGAUCCCUGAAGACGGUGCGUGGUUUGCACCAGGGAUGAUUGUUCUUGUGGAUGGGAUCUAUGAGGAAGAAGAGAUGGUCAAGGGCUCUGUGUUAGGCGGCAACACUGGAGUUGGGGGUGCCAUUGGGGGGCACUUUGUGGGAGUAUCGAUCUGCGGGCCUCCCUGUGAGCGGAGAGAUAUUUCUCUCGGGACGGGCACUCGCCAGGGCAGCGGUGAUCUGAGCUCCAGCGGCGGAUUCGGAUGGGUUGACUUCUCAGGGACUGGCAGUGAGCGUGCACAAGGUGCGCGGAUGAGGAGAAUCCAAGAGAAAUGCCUGCGCAGCGAAGCCGAGGCGAUGGAGUCUACGGCCCGCCUCAAGGUCGCCGUUCUGAACGAGGUCAAUCUCGACAACAUGAAGACCCUGGAUGCGCUGCGGAAGGUGUUCAGCACAUACAAUGAUCUUGCACUCUCCGAGCGACCUCAGACAUUCGUUCUGAUUGGCAAUUUUGUGCAAAAGGCAAUCAUCAACGGCGGAGGCCGGGCUGGGAGUAUCGAGUAUAAGGAAUACUUUGAUUCGCUCGCAGUGGUCCUCUCAGACUUCCCCGCGCUGCUGCAGCACUCGACCUUCGUCUUUGUACCGGGAGACAACGAUCCAUGGGCAUCCGCGUUCUCGACUGGAGCAGCAUCUACCAUUCCGCGACAACCGAUCCCGGAGCUGUUCACCUCUCGAAUCCGCCGCGCCUUUGCAACUGCAAACUCCGAGCUGGACAGGACGCAGACCUCCGAGCCGCCAGGCGAAGCCCUGUGGACGUCAAACCCGGCACGGCUUUCGUGGUUUGGGCCAGUUCACGACAUUACAAUUUUUCGCGAUGAUAUCGCAGGCCGUUUGAGGCGUACCGCAAUCAACACCAAAGCAGACGAAGACGAGCCCGACACUACAAUGCACGAGGCUUUAGACGGCGCCACAAAUCAGGCAGUCUCCGUCGCGCCAGACCUCGACCAACCCAACGGCGCCAGCUUGGACGGCGUCUCGGUCGCAGCAUCGAUGGCCCGCAAACUAGUCAAGACUAUUCUGGACCAAGGCACCGUCUCCCCAUUCCCGCUGCAAUUGCGGCCUGUGCUGUGGGACCGGGCUUCCGCGGUGCAGCUAUAUCCACUGCCGACAGCGCUCAUCCUGGCCGAUUCCGAGACGGCGCCUUUCUGCAUGACCUAUGAGGGGUGCCAUGUCAUGAACCCGGGCCGCUUGUUGCCGGAGGGUGACGUGCAGGCAGUAAGAUGGGUGGAAUUUGAUGUGCUGCGGAAUCGCGGGCGAGUGAAGGAAGAACGGUAUUAA